CACAGCCCGUGAUUUAAUGGAUUGAUCAAUACCAAAUCCCCUUAAUCUCGGCCAUAUCUCCUUGAAUCCUUUAUCCUGGAACCCUCUCCUCUUAUAUUUUACGAUCCUCCAAUUUCAUCAGCCUCCCCUCCGAAAUCAAUUGACCGAAGAUCUUCACCGUCACAGCCACUCACGCCAUCUCCAACCUCUGCCAACCACCACCGCCUGAAAACCAGUUCACCAAGAAGCACCAACCACCAAACGGUCGCCCAUAUACCCCAAACACCACCGUCAGCCAACAACAACCACCGCCACCAUCGAGCUUCCACUGCCAUCAACGAUAACAACCACCUGACACCCCUCACCAACUGUCGACCAACCUCGCACCACCACUUCCGUGAACCCCCACCAUCGAAUUUCUGAUUUCAUGUUUGACUGGGGAAAAGUGAAUUCGUCACACAAUAUCGAAGGCACAAGGAAUGGUAGUUUUAUCACAUUUUCAUCUGAGGUCGUCAUCGUAACAUGGACAACCCUCAAUGGAACCGUUAAAAGGGGUCUAAAAUCAGUUCCAUCUUUUGGGUUUCCUUAUUUAGCAUUUUCUGACCGAUCCACUUAUAAUUUCCACAAUCAUGUACAGAUGCUACUACCAAGGAGGACUCAAAAAUCAAAAAGUUAG